AUGGAUAUCGCUAAAAAGAAAAAGCGGAUUAAAAGAACAACAAGAAAAACAAUAGCUGGUAUUAAAUUACCACCAAUUGAGCGAAUCGGUGACAGUGAUAUAAAAACUAUCGUCGAUGUUGAUCCAAGCUUCUAUUCCCUGGUGGAGGGUCGACCCAUUAGACCCAACAACUCUAUACACAAAUACAAGCAAAACAUAAAAGAAGUGGCAAUGAAAAGGACCGUUCACGGUUUUCUUGUAGACGAAAUUCUCAGAAUAGACAAAGAAAUUGAAAUGGAAAGAACAAUUUAUGAAACGGCCUCGAAACAUUUCGACGAGUAUCAAAAUAGUUUUGAUAAGUUUUUAGCACAUGACAAUAAUAAAACUAUUGCUGUUAUGAAGAAGUCCGAUACAAUGGCAAAGGAUUUGGCAAAUCAAACUGAGGAACAAAAAAAAGCUAACUUCGAAUUGGCCACAAUCAGAUCAAAACUGCAAUACAUCGACGAGACAUUAUCAAUUUUGCUGUCGUUCCAGACUUUCCUGUACAAAGCAUCUCCUUAUUUGUGGCAAGAAAAAAAUAAAAUAAAACUGGAUGAAAAUCGUACUGAAAUCUGUUUGAUGAAUUCAAAUAUUUUUACGAAAGUUGAUAUUGAUUUAGUAAAAGAAAGAUUAAGCCAACUGCCGCCUCCCCAGUUGUAUUUCGAGCAGCCUGAUCAACUGCUCAAAGUGUUCGGGGCACUAGAGAAACAAAAUCUGAAUUAUUUGCUUGUAACCGAAGAACUCACUGUGGAAAAAAAUAAAUUUCUGAAGGCGUUGGACAGUUUGAAGCUAUUGUUAAAACAGGAAUUAAGCUUCAUAGAGGAAAAAGUUAAGGAGACACUAGAGAUAAUUAAAUUGAAUGAAAUAAGAGAAAUUGAAGUCAAAGAGAUUUUCUACAGGAUUUUAGAAGAACGAAUUCAAUAUUUAGUCUCAUCUGAGAUGGCGUUGCAAAUUUUUAAUUACGUUGAGUUUGCUUAUGAACACUUGCUUGCACCAAAUGAAACUGGUCUCAGUACAUUGGAAAUGGCUCUAGCUCUGGAAACAGAAUACGACAACUUACAGUUGGAUAUAUCUGCGUUCGAUUUAAACCUUAUAAAAGCAAUAGAAAAAGAAACUUAUGAAAAUAGUGAUAAGGAAGUAAAACAAGCCAAAGAAGCUGCCAAAUUGCUCAGAGAUGUGGAUAAGUUGAGUAGAAGAAUGAAGUCUUCCUUUGAACCUUCAAGAAAGCAGCUUCAUUAUUAAUUAAAAAUUAACUCCAGAUUGCCAAAACAUAACGCC